AUGCACUUGACUUAGCUUUCUAUAUAAACACUUACAAACACACUCUUCUGGUCUCAACCACAUUCAAAUCACCUUCUCACUCUCUCUCUCUCUAAAAGCAGAGAAAAAAGAAGGAACAAAGAGAACAGAGUGAGAUGGGAAUAGCGAUGGUGAUGAUUGGUUUUCUUUUUGUCCUCGUCUUGCUCUGUUCUGCGCUGCUCCGAUGGAACGAAAUGCGAUACAACAAGACUAAUCUCCCUCCUGGAACCAUGGGGUGGCCAAUCUUUGGCGAAACAACCGAGUUCCUCAAACAAGGCCCUGACUUCAUGAGAAACCAAAGACUCCGAUAUGGGAGUUUCUUCAAAUCGCAUCUUCUUGGUUGUCCAACGUUAGUCUCGAUGGACACAGAGAUCAACAGAUACAUCUUAAAGAACGAAUCGAAAGGUUUGGUUCCUGGUUAUCCACAAUCAAUGCUUGACAUUCUCGGGACUUGCAACAUGGCUGCGGUUCAUGGUUCGAGCCACCGCCUUAUGAGAGGCUCGCUUCUUUCGCUCAUAAGCUCAACCAUGAUGAGAGAUCACAUAUUGCCCAAAGUCGAUUACUUCAUGAGAAGUUAUCUUGGUCAGUGGAGUGAGCUUGAGAAUGUUGAUAUCCAGGAUAAGAGCAAAAAUAUGGCGUUUUUAUCUUCUUUGUCACAAAUCGCUGGAAACCUAAGAAAACCACUCGUUGAAGAAUUCAAAAAUGAGUUCUUCAAGCUUGUUGUUGGAACUCUCUCCGUACCAAUCGAUCUUCCCGGCACAAAUUAUCGUUGUGGAAUCCAAGCAAGAAAGAACAUUGAUAGGUUGCUUAGCGAGUUGAUGCAAGAACGUAAAGAUUCUGGAGAAACAUUCACAGACAUGUUAGGUUACUUGAUGAAGAAGGAUGACAACAGAUACCCAUUAACAGAUGAAGAGAUAAGAGACCAAGUCGUAACGAUCUUGUAUUCAGGUUACGAAACUGUGUCUACGACCUCAAUGAUGGCUCUUAAGUACCUCCAUGAUCAUCCAAAAGCUCUGGAAGAACUCAGAAGAGAGCAUUUGGCUAUCAGGGAAAGAAAACGACCAGACGAACCACUCGAUUUAGAGGAUGUGAAGUCAAUGAAGUUCACUCGAGCUGUGAUUUUUGAGACAUCAAGACUGGCAACAAUCGUUAAUGGGGUCCUGAGGAAAACUACCCGUGACUUGGAAAUCAACGGUUAUUUAAUCCCAAAAGGAUGGAGAAUUUACGUAUACACAAGAGAAAUUAAUUACGACACAAAUCUUUACAAGGACCCAUUGAUCUUUAAUCCAUGGAGGUGGAUGGAGAAGAGCUUGGAGUCACAAAACUCAUGUUUUGUGUUUGGAGGUGGGACAAGGCUUUGCCCUGGAAAGGAACUAGGGAUUGUUGAGAUAUCGAGCUUCCUCCAUUAUUUUGUUACAAGAUACAGAUGGGAGGAGAUAGGAGGGGAUAAACUAAUGGUGUUUCCAAGAGUUUUUGCACCAAAGGGCUUUCAUCUUAGGAUUUCACCUUACUAACGUUUUAAAUAUUAAUAAUAAUAGAGAAUAAUAUAAAUGCACAUAGAAUAUAGAAGAAGCAUAUGAAGAGACAAGAUAAGACGAUAAUUAUGAUUCUAUUUUUUUGCUCUAUAUAAUAACCCAUGUUUUGUACUCAUUUAAGAUUUUCUGGUCAUAUGUACAUAUAUCAAUGAGCAGCUUAAUUUACGAAUGAUUUACUAUUCAUGUAUUUGUGUUU